GGUUACGGAAACCGACGAGGGCCACGCGCGGGCCGGACCUGAAGGAAGUUAGCCGCCGAACCCCAGAUAGCGGUAGAGAGGGACUCGGACCCAAUGGCGACCUCAGAGGCCAGCUGCAGCGGCGGGAAUGGCGAGGGCUGUGACCCCUCCGUCACCUACUACCGGCUGGAGGAGGUGGCGAAGCGAAACUCCGCGGAGGAGACGUGGAUGGUGAUCCACGGGCGAGUCUACGAUAUCACCCGCUUCCUCAGCGAGCAUCCUGGUGGGGAAGAGGUUCUGCUGGAACAAGCUGGUGCUGAUGCAACUGAAAGCUUUGAAGAUGUUGGCCACUCCCCUGAUGCCAGGGAAAUGCUAAAGCAGUACUACAUUGGUGACGUUCAUCCGAGUGACCUUAAACCUAAAAAAGGUGGUAAUAAGGAUCCUUCAAAAAGCAGUACGUGCAAAAGUUGCUGGGCAUAUUGGAUUCUCCCCGUCGUGGGCGCUAUUCUUGUAGGUUUCCUGUAUCGUCACUUCACGGCGGACAGCAAAUCCUCCUGAGGAGACCAUGCUGAAGUGUGGGAGCACAGGCUCCUGGGAGUGAGAAGCUGAGACUGACUUUGGAGGCUGCAACAAUGCUUCCCCCUAAAUCCUGCCAGUUUCCCCCUCCUUCCCUCUCCCCCCUUCCCCAGCCAAGACUGACUAGAUAUCUGUCCUUCUUCAGUCUAGGACCAGGGAGGGUCCUUCACAGCCAGAGCCUGAUGCCUAAAGCCCCUGCUCACAGUGUGUCCUUGCCAGGGCUUCUCACUGGCUUCUACCCAUUCCUUUCAUUUCAGAGUUUAUGUAGAUGAUUAGAGUUCCUAUGUUGUAGAGACAUGGCCUUUGGGGACAGUAUAUGAUUUCUGAUACUCUGAAUUCACAUUAGAUAUAUUUAAGGGAACAGUACUCUAGUUUUGAAUCUUUUCCCAUUUUUCUUUUAAGUAAAUUUAUUUUUUUUUAAUUCUGAUUUAAUUUUGUCAUUUAUCAUAAGGGAUUUUCAUGAAGUUAAGAUGUGUCUAUCUUAUUUGAAACACAGCUGUCAAAUGAUUUUAUGAAUGUUACUAAAAUAAGGGGCCUGCAAGAUAGAUCAUUGGGUAAAAGCAAUUGCACCAAGCCUGAUGACCUGAGUUUGAUUCCCUGGACCCACAUGGUAGAGGGAGAGAACCAAUUCCCAAAAGUUGCCCUCUGACCAACAUGUAUGCUAUGACUCUAAUGUACACACAGACACCUGUAUAUACACACAGGUACACACAUUGAGACAUAACACAGAGGCACAAGCACACACUAAACAAAUGUAAUUUUAAAAACCAUACAAAAGAAAAAAAGUACUAUGUGGUUUUCUCCCUCCCAGAUAGUGUAGAUGGCUCUCUCUUAUCCCUCAGUCCAGCCUCUUUCUUCCCAAGAGUACUUUACAAAUUGCAUCCCUUUGGUCUCUUAGGUAUAGAAGAGCCGAAGAAGGGAUCAGUGAGUUAAGGUGAAUUCAGAAUAAUCUUUUUUAAAAAGAGAACAAAACACCACUUACAGGACAGCAGUUUAAAGUGACCGGCACGCUCUCUGGUCUGACACCAAUUUUUCUAACCGUCUUCCACCCUGGCUGUCUGCUGGUGAAAGACAAGUGUUAGCAUGGGGCGUCACUGAAGCCUGUGGUUGUGUCCAUGUGGCUUCAGGGAAGGCUCUUGCCGCUUUUUUGUUUACUGAUUAACUAAUUUUUAAUUCCCUGUUUUACCAAAGUAAGAAACUCAAGUUUGGCCUUAUCUCAGUAAAAUAAUUUACAUGUAAAUAUCAUUGUUGGGGGCAUGCCACUUAAGAUAGGAGACCUUGCCAAGAGACUUCUGUUUUCUUCUGUUUUACUUACAUGGCUCCAGCUUGGUGAUUUUGUUCUACUUUUCUUCUGAGGGUUAUACUGAUAAAUCUGGAAGCUUUUCCCUCCUCCCUUGGAUAUGUAUUUUAUUGGAGAGUAGUAGUUAAUCAUUACUGUUUCUCAUUGGUCCAGGCAUUUUCCUGGCCUCUUUUAAUAUAUUCUUUUUCCUGUGGCAGUACAUGACAGUUUCCCAGUUAUUUUUUUUUUUCCCAUUAUCUAUGAUUUUCCUCUACAUCCUUUGUUCAUUACCAAUCUGCUUCUGGACUGUUGUCAUGUCCAGCAGGAAGCCAUUGAAUUCUAGAAGGACCAGAAAUGCUGGGAAGUGUCUCUUGCCUCCCUUCCAGCUUGCCAGGGGCUUGACAGGACAGGAAACUGCACAUUAAACCAGUCUGCCCAUGCAAACUAUUUAAGAAAAAGUUCAGCCCAGGACUUCUAUUCUGUGAUUUAGCAAUUGAAUGAAUUCAGAAUUCAUUAAAAUAACAUUAGCCUUUUCCUUGCAUACUUGGAUAUAAUAUUUCAGAGUAAUUUUUAGAUGAUUUCUAUAUAUCAGGGAUAUAGACUUAAUCACAUUUAUCUUUAAAAAUUCUGUAAUAUGGUAGAUUGAAAGAGUAGUUAUACUGUAACAAAAGUGGCAUGACUGAGUACACCACAUAAAGGCAAGGAAGGUCUGUGUGCAGUGAGGCUUGGGGUCCACUUGCUGUGAUAUCCAAGCUACAUGCAAUAUGUUGGGUUGAUGGAAAGAAUAAAGGUACAUUGAAGUGCAGGAAGGGAACAUUCAUGCUAACACUAAGCCUGAAGAUAACUUAGAUCAGUUAUGAAUGUGUGUUGGCAGUCUCUUUACAUCCAGUGAAAAACAUCUGGCUAUAGGAAAUGUUAAAACUGUUUUUGGCUGGGUGGUGGUGGCGGUGGCAGCACACUCCUUUAAUUCCAGAUUUCUGAGUUCAAGGUCAGCCUGGUCUACAGAGAGACUCUGUCUCAACUCCCCACCCCCAAAUAAAGAACUGUAUUUUUUAAGUACAGUUGGUGUUUUGAUACCAAUAUAAAAAUCGUGUUUUUCUAUUUCACAAUCUGUUCUUUUCCUGCUUUUAUCUGAGCUUGUUUCUUUUACUGAAAGCCAGAAGGAAAAGAUUUUCAUACUUGUCUUUGCCAUUUAUGAAGUCCAUCUAAUACCCAGGGCUUCUUUUGAACUACUGAUAAUGUGAUAUCAUUUUAUAUUAUUAAAAAAUACUGCUUGCUUUUUUUUUUUUUUGGCCAGGUAUGGUGGCACAUGACUUUAUUCCUAGCACUUAGGCGGCAGAGGCAGACAGUUCUUGAGUUCUAGGCCAGCCUGGUCUACAUAGCAAGCUCCAGGCCAGUUAAAGCCACAUAGUGAGAUUCUUGUCUCAAAACAAAUCCCCCCAAACCUCUUUUAGGUCUUUUUGCUGUAAUUGUGUUGCCUACAUAAACAGCUAGGAGGAGAGGUAGGUCUUAGGUGAGAGUUUGUUGAGGCUUUUCUUAAACAAAGCAAUACAGUAUGUGCACCAGAUGCAUUAAAAAAGAACUUGUCAAAGAAGCCUUGACAUUUGUGGGUUAUGCUAACUCAUUGAGAGCAAGAGGAGCCAGCCUCUGUUGGCUAACAAUAGCCCAACCUGUGGGGUGUUCGGUUGUUUAUUCCUAAAGUGGCCAGUUGCCACCACACCAUCUAAGUUAAUAACUGGUGAACACAAAAGGGAAUUUGUGCUACCAAGACACAGGGUGUUAACGCCCAUUCUCUAAAAGUUCUUACCUGGCCCUGGAAGCUGGUUUUCUUUUCCGAGUGACUGCACGUUUGUAAAGAACACAGUGGGACAAAGUUUGUGGACUGUGUUUAUAGCUCUUUGUAUGAUUACUUGAGCAGACAAGUCUGUCCAAAGCUAUCAUUUGAGCUGGUAGGCAGGCUCUUUGAGCAGUUGCCACCGGGGCUUGUGCUCUGGUUGGGUUUGUGCUCGCUCAGUGCUGGGAGCAGCGAGGAAUGCUUUUAUAAGCCAGAUGCAUCGUCAUAUAUGGCAUCCAUACUUCUCAGGGGAUACCCACCUGGCUGAAGUCCACCUGAGGUGACUGAAGCACAGAACAUGAAUGCUCUUUGCCUCCUACCCAAGGGAAAUGGAUCCAAACAUGUCAUGUCUCAACAAGAAACUGAAGUUUUGAAGCUGUGUGAUUCAGUUGCCAAAUAUCUCAAAGUAAUAAAGAGCUCCGUCAUAUUUGGGCAGCUUUGGAAUGUGUAGGGUGGUCUAGGAGGGGGUUUCUGAAGAAGCAGAGAUGUGCCAGUCACCUGCCUUAUGCCCAGUGUCUUACUCAUGAGUUUCAGUGACCACUCCUUGCCCAUGCCUACAUCGCCUACAUUGGCUGCUCGGGCAGAACAUCAUUUCAGCUAUUUAACUUGCUUUUUACUGCACCCUCAACUGUGAGUGACUAAUAUUAACAUUCCUUUUGUGUAUUCAAUGAUGGAGUUUGUUUACCUAUUUGAUUUCAGCUUAUUUUGAACAAAGAUCUUUGUCUCUUUCUACUGGAAUGUGCACACAGUGAAUGUUUGUUAGAACUACACAAUAAAGAUACUGUUUUCCUUUUCUUGUCCU